AUUUCUUUAUCACCUUUUCCCUACUUUUCUUCUCUCUCUCUCUCUCUCUCUCUCUCUUUCCUGGUGAUCCUGACCUAGCUAUUAGAUAAUUGCAUCACCUACUGUCUCUCUGCUCAACAAAAGCUCUUCUCCAAUAUCGUUUUGAAGAUUAAUUAUUAGAUCACAAAAUUAAGAAAGAGGAAGAAGAUCAUCACUAGAAGAAAAGAAGAGGGCUUGUGGGGGAGAGAUGAGUUCGACUAAUAUGGGAAGUCAAUUUGGAGAUACUACUUACACCAAGGUGUUUGUUGGGGGCUUAGCAUGGGAGACCCAGAAGGAGACCAUGAAGAAAUACUUCCAACAGUUUGGAGAGAUCUUGGAAGCUGUAGUUAUCAUAGACAAGAAUACUGGAAGAUCCAAAGGAUAUGGAUUUGUAACUUUUAAAGAAGCAGAAGCCGCCAGGAGAGCUUGUGUGGAUCCUGCGCCUGUGAUAGAUGGAAGGAGGGCAAACUGUAAUCUUGCUUCUUUGGGUGUCCAAAGAUCUAGACCUUCCACCUCACAACAAUAUGGAGGGGGCAGAAACUUUAGGGUCAUGAAAUCUUUCCACGCAGGCUUUCAAGGUGGGGUUGGGACUCUACCUUUUCCUUCAACGCCAACUCUUCCACAUUGUGCCAUCCAACAAGGAAUCCCCUUCACUCUAUAUGGGUACUCUCCCAACUACACAUGUCCCACGAGCUACUAUGGCUCAAGUGGAGGAACAAGCUGCCAUUAUCUUGUAUAUGGGACAGUAGCGAAUGGCACAAUUGCUGGUUCAAAUUCAAAUUUCUACCCAUACAUGCAAUAUGGAGUAGGGUUCGAUUUCCAGUAUCCUCAACACCACUUCCAGUAUCCAAUUGUUGCUACAUCAGGUGUCCCACAGCACUAUAGCCCACCAAUGACUCUGAAUGCCAUCCCACACUCUCAGGCCAUAGCUGGACCAAGUGUAAGCACAGCUCUUGCUGCUCCAACUGUUGCUGCUUUGGCACCACAUUAUCCUUCUCAGACAAAUUCUCUACGCCCCAUCAGUAGCGUUUGAGCUAUUCUUACUUAAAUAUCUUGACUACUGAUCUUGGUUCCUCUCUUCUCCGUCUCAACUCCAUAUAGCUGGCUAGGGACUCCUUACAAUUCUCUCCUCUACGUAUAUGGACCCAUGGCAAAAUCUUAUUUCAGUCUUUAACCAUCUGUUGAGAGGGGAUAUUUAAGUAUUUAAUUAGCCAUUUUUGGAUAAUAUCUCCAUCACAUGAAGCAAUUUGUCUAAGAUGGGUUAGAUUAGUUAGACGAUACAUAGAAACAAGUUCAUAGAAUGGGAAACAGUACAGGACUGUAGCUCACAUUCAUUAAAUCACCCUAUAACAUCCAGAUGCAGGGUGGGUUUUUAACAACAUUCACUGGGCAUGGAAUGCCCAACUAAGGCUGUUUUUGCUAACAUCAAUAGGGCAAUUUGCUCUUGCAGUUUGCACUCACUUCUUGCAAAUCCUCUCUUCUCUUUUGGAAAGGGAAGAUAUUCUUUGGUCAUCACUAAUUUAGUUGCAUUUGAUUCUUGAUCAGUUUUAAUUGUAAAGAAUUCAUUGUGGCUAAACCAUUGGGGGUUCUAGCUCAAUUUUGACAGAAGAGCUGUUGUUUUUUUUCAAACCUAGAGCUCAUGCAUGCUUUUGUGAAAUUCCCACUUGGAGUAAGUGUUGGUGUGUUUCUUUUUCUUUACUUGUUAUAUACUAGUUAAAGCUGAGAUAACCUGAGGAGAUAUUUUGGUCUGAUCCUUUGGCUUGUCCAUCUAACCCACAGCCGUUCGUGGUUAUGGCUAAAGUUGAUUUUUCACUUCUGGUAUGCUACUGCUGCCUUCUCCAUCUCGUCAAGUCUCUCUCUUUCUCUCUCUCUCAUGGAUAUAUUUCUAAUGGGAGAUACAUAUAUUUUAUACUUGUCAAGUUUGGUUUACAAUUCCUAAGAUAUGUAAUCGUUUGUGAAUCUGAAGUUUGGUUUGUAAUAAAUGGCCCUGUUGUGCCACCAGUUUAGUGUCUCAAAUUUAGCAUUUGAAGUGACAAAGAGUCUUAAAAUUAAAGGACAACAACUCCUUCAUGGAGAGAGAGUUGUUUUGUGGGAUUUAGGCAGAGGGAAAGACUACCCCUCAGUUGUGUAGUCUAAGCACUAUGGAACUGUAAUAAAUUUAAAAAAGAAAUUGUAUUGUAGUCA